AUGCUGCUGCUCGGUCUAAUCAUCGCACUAUCGGCCCUCUUCCGUUCCGCUCAGCCGGACGGAAUCUCCGACAUCACCUUCCAACGGGUCGAACAGACCGUCGGAUUCGAUAUCAUGAAGUCGGAUCUGCGCAUCACCAAGCUCAACCGGACCUGCGCCGUCUUGAACGGCACCAUGAACGUCUUUGUGGACAUGGACGAUCGCUUCACGUUUCAAAUUAAAAGUGCCCAUAGUCGCCUCGGCAACAACCAGUUCAACGAGUACCCGAUGAAGAUCCCCGAGCAACAGUUCUGUCAAUUUUUGAACGACACCUACCGGGAAUAUCAGGAGAUUUUCGAGCAAACCACCAAUCUACCGCGGAUCGAGUCGGACGUGCCCUGUCCACUGCCGGCGGAGGGCUAUUGGUUCAAGCACUUUGUGCUGAAACCGGAAACCAUGCCGCAGAUGAUCCCGGAAGGCUACUGGCGGCUGACGGCGCUGUUCACCGGACCAGAGGGUGAAGCUGAUCUGCAGAUAUUCUUCACGGUGUCCAAGGAGGAGAACUAGUACGGGCUCGGAUGGAAG